UAAAUAAUGGUAAUAUUACAGAUCAGAGAUCAGAUCAGAAAUCAUACAUAUUAAUGUGAUUAACUUCAUAUGCCGGUAGUCUCUCUGGCAAGAAUAUUUUUUGCUGGCUGUUUGUUGAACUAAUUAUUCAAAAUAUAUAAUGAGUGUGCUUAUGGUUUAAGUGCAGUACCAUUUUGCAUGCCCUACUCACUGCUAGAAAUUAUGUCUCUGGUGUCUGAUAACAGGAGUUGGGGUGGGGAAAUUUAUUUCAAGAUGAGGAGGAAAGACUUGGUUCAAAUGUAGUGUGAAAACAAGUUGAGCCUACAUAUCUCAUUGCUAAGCUGGCUGAGAAUCAUAGAUGUGUGACACCAAAUCACACCCACUUCUCUUUCAAUUCAGUCAUAUGAGCUAUGAGACAACCACCUCUUAAAAUAGUCUAGCAAAGGGCAUAUAUAAGGCACACACAGAGCCACGACUUAAAAUCAAAUUUUGUAGAACUAUCUAGAAAGGACUAACACUGCAAUUAUCAAGACCUGUACCUUCUGUAGAAAAAACUUAUAAAGAUCUCUGAUAUUGCUGAAACUUCAGAAUUUGUAUAGAAUUCUAUCUUGUAUAUCUUAGGAACAAAAACGUUAAAUAAUGAUGAAGUACUACCUGUGUCCGGUCACACAGACUACUCACUAUGACAUCUGCAACCCAAAUACCACUGACCCACUGUCAUGCUCUCAUUCUCAACCUUCAAUCAGAACUGCUCGCAAUGUUCACUUUCCCAAUGACAUAGUCUUCCAAGAUUGUGUUCGUCAAGGAGAGCUGGAAAGAGUUGGAUGCUUUAUUCAAACCAGAAGAGUGAGUCUGGACACAAUCUAUCAUUCAGGCAUGGCAGCAAUUCAUGAGGCAGUUUUAUCUGGAAACAUGGAGUGUGUAAAGCUUCUUGUCAAAUCUGGAGCUGACAUCACCCAGAGAGAUGAGGAUGGAUGGACUCCACUACACAUGGCCUGCAGUGAUGGCUUCCCAGAGAUAGCCAAGUACUUGAUUUCUUUAGGUGCGGACACUGAAGCUGAAAAUGACUGUGGGGAGAAACCUGUUGACCUUAUUGACCCAGACUGCAAAGAGCUGCUUCAUCUUUUUGGGGUCAGUGGUGACUAAAACACACAGGUCGACCCCCUUCUGGACUCUGAAAUACUUCUGAUUGCGCUUCUCCUUUAUGGCAGUUGCCAUAUUGAAAGGAUGAAGUUGUCAAAGGAGUGGACUAGCCACUGUACAUAUAUGCAGUGGAGCUGGUUGUUGAGACACAUUCAAAGUGUGUCUGAUUAUAAUUUUUGUCCUUCUCUUUUGGACCGAUGACAGCAAUUAGGACAGGAUUUGAACUUGCCUCUACAAUGAACCUUUAUUUUAUUUUGUAGACUAAUGCACUGUUGCUGAAAGUUUAAAAAAUGUGCAUUUUAAAUGUGAUUUUUAUAAAUAACUACAGCACAGAAAGUCUUAUAUCUGAAUUUAAAAAUUAAUAUACAUAAUGUUGUUUGUUUCCACAACUUUUUUAUUUUUUUCCCCUAAUCGUAGCUGUUUAUUUCCACCUUUCAAAUAUGAUAUUAGACAAAUGCAUGCCAGUUUUACUGAAUUAAAUUUUUUUUCUGUAGCCUAGCUUACAGCUAUUGUAACAGUAUGAAUAAUACAUACUUUUAUUUUGACUGAUUUUAUUUAUCUUUUUUGUUUAAUUCAUGAAAGUGAAAAAGUGAGACUAAAUUUGCUUUUGUUUUGUUAUCCUAUAACAGUUUACUUUUAUUAUUCUGUUUGUUGUACUAAGGUCUCAAAUGUUAUGUUGUAAUGUUAUAUUAAUGGGUUCUGAACUUCACAAUUUUGUUCCUAAUGUUUGGUUUAGCAGUGGUGUCUGGGUAGCGGAACUAAUUUUGGGGUGUUGUUUAAGGGGGAGCAACAUUAGCGUAAAUCUUCUGGGUUUCUCGAAGAUGCGCAUGUGCUGAAAGCGUCAGUCUGACUAUUUGCAAAGCUGAUGAGCAUAUUGGUUCUGUUUUUCCCACUGCGCAGGAGAAGCUCUCUCUUACGAAAAUAUCAUGCUUCCAGUAAGUUAUCUUUGAUGCUUUGUGUUUUUAUUUAAUUUUGUACUUCCCUUUCUUUAUUUUGUUCUCUCGUUUUUCACUCUCUAUUUCUUAUUUUUACUUAUUGUUCUUAUCAUUUUGUAACUGUAUGUACUUGUAUUCCAGUCUCUUACAGAUAACCUCCUGAUUUAUAU